GUCAUGCUAACAUGCUAAUUCUACACGACACGGUGCGCCGGGGAAAAACCUGUGUGACUGUGUAGUUUGAGGGUCAGCCCAGGUUUACCGGAGGAUGGCGGAUAAUGAACACCUGCCGCGGUUGCUGGUGACGGCUCGUCCUGCUAAAAACAGCGAGAAAAGAAAGACUGAAGCCGAGAAGGCUGCAACAAAAAGCAGUGGACAAAACAGAGUCAACAUCGGUACAGCUUUUCAACGAUGGAGACAACUGAGGGAGCUCAAGGGCCUGCGAAGUGAUUCCAUGGUUGCUCUCUUUCUGUUGGACAGUUAUGAGAAGCAAACAUCGACUCCGUGGAAACCCGGAUUGUUGAGACCUCCUCCCCCCGCUGGGUCAGCUGUUCCUGCAGAGUCUCUCUCUGACCAUGAUGGCGACCUCUCAGUCGCCCCCGAACACACGUUGGAGCUGCUGAAAAAGACGGCAGAGUACGAGGAGGAACUUCGUCAUUUGAAAGAAGAGAACGAGCGUCAACAGAAACUACUGGACGCUGCUUUCAACUCUGAAGUCCGGUUACACAGAGCAGGCGUCGAGCAGCUGAUGGUGAGAAGAGAAGAGGUUCCCUCUGAGCAGCAGGAGGGGAGCUCCGGUCUGAACCACGAGGAUCAAACAGAGCCACCACACAGUAAAGGAGAGCAGCUUCAAGACCCAGAGGAGGCUGAAAUCAUCAAGUUCACAUUCUUUCCUGUCCCUGUGAAGACUGAAGAAGAUGAUGAGGAGAAACCUCAGUCCUCACAGUUUCAACAAACCCAAACUGAUCAGAUCAGAGAUGAAUAUUUAAAAGCAGAAGCUAAAGGAGAGGAGAGUGAGGGAUCAGACCCAACUACAGACUUUAAUCCAGACAGUCAUUUACAGCCUGUUUCUGAUGAAGAGGCUUCACAUUCCUCUGAUACUGAUGACAGUGGUGAUUGGGAUGCCAGUGAACCUCAUGAAGGUUUGAACCCUCUGCAAAACAAAGACACACCAGUAAGUGAUGUGAACUGUGAUACUGGAAAUACAUCAGUUAGCUCCUCUGAAUGUGCCACAAGCUUUGGUCAAGAGGAACAUCUGCAGCAGCACAAAGAAAUCCUCACAGGAGAGAAACCAUUUAGUUGCUCAGUUUGUGGUAAGAGAUACCCAAGUAAGAAAAAUUUACAUCAACACAUGCGACGUCACUCAGUUGAAAAACCUUUCAGCUGCUCAGUUUGUCAGAGGAGUUUUAACUGGAAAACUGAGCUGGUGACACACAUGAGAAUCCACACAGGAGAGAAACCAUUCAGCUGUUCAGUGUGUGGUCAAGGAUUCAGAGACCGUGGAUGUCUUAAAAGACACUUUUUUGUCCACACAGGAGAGAAACCGUUUAGCUGCUCAGUUUGUGGUAAAAGCUUCACACAAAGCGGAGACCUUCAACGACACUCUGUUGUCCACACAGGGGAGAAACUUUUCAGCUGUUUGAUAUGUGGUUACAGAUGUACACAUGGCGGAGAUCUGAACAGACACUCUGUUGUCCACACAGGAGAGAAACCGUUCAGUUGUUCAGUUUGUGGCAAAAGAUUCACUCAAAGUGGGGCUCUAAAAAGACACUCUAUUUCACACACUUUGGAGACACCGUUUACGUGCACUUUUUGUGAUAGAACUUUUACUGAACUUGAAAGUGUCAAAAAUCACAAUUGUGAGUCGCAGAUGGCCUAGCGGUUAGACCAGACUAUGGAUGGAGGUUAUCGUCCUCCAAGUGGGCAGCCCGACUUCAAGUCAGACCUGCGGCUCCUUUCCUGCAUGUCGUUCCCCGUCACUGACUAUCCACUGUCCUAUCAAAGAAAGGCAAUAAGUCCAAAAAAUAACCGUAGAAAAAAGGAAAAUCCCAAGUGUGUUGGUAAGAGCAGCAGAGACACACAAAACCUCAAGAAACUGCAGGAAUGUUUCCUUAAAGUACAAAUGCAAAGUUAAACAUUUGCUGUUUUGAAUUGUGGUUUGAAGACGUCCACACACGGUCAACAUUGACUUUUUAAAAAAUUUAUUUUCUCUCUUUUUAAGCCCCUUAUGUUCUAUUUCCCCUAGCUCAAUGCUGCCGGCUGAUUGUAAUAUGCAAAUAGAAAACACUAAAACACACAAGGCCUUGACAGUUUGGUACGACAACAACUAUUGGACUUUCCUACUCGCACCAAAGGCCAGUUGCACAAUCUCAUCAGCCGUUCUGGUGUUACCACUCUUCAUUGUGUUGCAUCUCAUCCGUCAAUAAGCUUCAGUGUCCAAAACUAACCUUUACCAUCACCUUCUGUAAUAUCCAAAAUAUUGAUUUAUCUUCCCUUUCCAGUACGCAUGAUAACCUCCCCAGUGAAGUCAUUUUAUCCACUCCAGAUGAACUGGUUUCUCACUUCAAUGAUGGACCUCAUUGUAUGUUGAACGAUCUUGCUCCUUCCUUUUGUCACUCUGCAUCCUGGUUUAGGCCCAAACUACGACACACUUGAGUCAAAGGUUGUCAUCUAGAACCUUUUUACAUGCAAAAACAUGCCUUACUGUUCAUUUACAGAUGUAUUAUAAACAUAUUCGGGUACUCUUGCAGAUCCAAACAGCCCGCAUUUCUAAUUUACCUUUUAUUUCCAAAAUACUGGAAAGGACAGUUGCAGCUCAGGUCCACACUCACCUUUCUGACAUCGAUCUUCCUCCUCUUCGCUUCCUGCUGCCGGCUUAACCUCUAUGGGGUCUCGAGGUUUUAGCCCUGCAGCUCCCCCUCUCUAACUCUCUCCUACAAUCCAUGCGUGACACCGACUCUCUCUACCUUUUAAUACCAGUCUCAAAACACAUUUUUAAAACGGCUUAUUGAUUGUCACAAUGCCCUUUUCUGCUUUUUACUGUGUCGUUUCUGCCUUUCAUUGCAGAAUAUUUUUUUUACUUGGACCAUGAUAUCGUGCUGUUUUCAUCGUUGUUUUUUUAAAAGUGACUUGAAGUGUCAUGAAAGGCGCCCUUAAAGAUGGGAGUCAGUAAAAAUCUUAGCUGUAGUUUGUGAACACAACAUUCAAACUGGGCCCCUCCUCCUGGGCUCAUCUCCCCCAGAAGCCCCGCCCCCUGCAGGAUGUAAGGGCUGUAUCCGAAUUGCCAAGUACCUACUCAAUCUUAGGCAGAUUGCCUACCUGCUGUCCACGCUGUUUACUGUUAGUACCUACUAUUCAGUAGGCGCGCACAGUAGGCAGAUAUUUGUUCCUACUUCUGAUUCAUUCAGUAUGGAAGUGACGUCAUUUACGUUUCCCGAACCGGCCGCAUCCACCCGUUUUUUUGUUUUUGUUUAGCUUUAUUCAAGAAGAGUAAUGCGCAUAUACAGUCAGGUAAAAAAAAAACCAAUAUCACAAUGUAAAUCAAGUAAAAAACAGAUUAAAUAACUAAAUAACAUACAGUACAUAACGGAAAGAACAAAUGAAAGACAGUAAAAUAAACCAAUAAAGAUGCAUUUAAAUAGUGAAAUCAUUAUUUAAAUAGAGGGGGAAAGGUUUUAUAAUAAUGCAGAUAUUUGUUAUAUUUUCUGUUGUUAAUUAAAAGUAGUGAUUUCAGUCGGGACUUUAACUCUAGAUUAAAAAUUGAUUCAAUUAAUCCACGCUUGUUUGUUUGUUUGGACGUGACGUGACGAUUUACGUUUAAUUUCGCACAGCAUUGUGGGUGGUAAAAUACAAUUAAUUUCCUGAAAGCACGCAUCCGAUCCAUACUGCAUGAAACCAGGAAGUUAGUAUCCAUACUGAAAUGUUCAGUAUACUGAGGUGGACCCAAAAAAUGCAUACUGAAUGACCACGAUAGUUCAGUAUACUGAAUAGUACGUACUGCCUACUGAACUGUGGCUAUUCGGAAAGUGCCUAUAGUUCAGAAAGGUGGUGUUUCACCUCACUGUGAUUAUAUUUUCUCUCUCCUUUGUUGUAAAGUUCACGUCUGUUAUAUUUGUUAUUUAUGAUAACUAACUAAUGACUUGCCUGCUUCCUGAUAACACUAUGACUUGAUGUUCUCUCCUCGUGUUUAACAUUUGAUUUAUUAAUUGAAAACUGAUUUACCUGAGGAUGAGUUCACUAUGUUCAGUUCAGUACUCGGAUGCUACAUGUUUGUCUAGAGAGUUCUUGAUUUCUGUGAUUAUAACUAAAGCUUGCAUCUUUAUUUAUGUGAUUCAUUUGUAGAUUUGAUGCAGUAUUAUUACAAUAAACCUUCGACUGACUACCAGGA